UUUAAUCAGCUGAUACAUAACCCAACUUUGUCGAUCAGAAAAUUACGUAGACUAGAUUUAUACGGUACGAAUUACGGAUAUUAAUAUAAAUCACAAUUUCUAAUUCUGACGCGCUUGACAUUUGGGAACAGAAUCCAUGUCUUGGAUUACAAACUCUGUCCGUGCUGUCGUGAGCACAUGGACCCCACAGGUGACGCCGAUACGGUUUCGCUAUCAUGCGGACAAGAUAGCGAAAGGCCCCUUAAUACGGCGACAUGGAUACGAGGAUCCUAUAGAUAUGACGGGCCUUUUACCACGUACAAAUAAUACUAAACGACUUCCGAUGCCGAUCUAUCGUCCGGCGGACGCUUGGUCCGAGAAGAAGGCACUGUUCGGCCAGAACGACUACAUCGACAUAUUGGGCUCGGAUAAUCUACAUCCCACGAGAAUUCUCUACAACGUGCCCUCAUGGUUGAGAGGUGUCAGCGGCAAUGAAUACCAGGUCUUAUUGAGAAAGAGAAAAAUGUGGGCAAAGGGUAUAUUUCCAAUCGCGAGACCUACCAAAUGGAGAGAUCUGAACAAGAGAAUAAGUUAUCUCUAUAAGUACUUGAACCGCAAAACUAAGCAAAAAUAAAUCAAAUUAGGUUUACGUUCUGAUAUAAACACGCGUAAUUAAAUUCCAAUUUAAUUCUCAAGUGCAAUCGCUGCGUUUUCUUUAUUCUUACUCAAUUAGUUUCUAAAUAUUCUACCAAGUUCUUACGACGUUCGUUUUAGGUGAUGCAAUUACUGCAUACAUUAGUUAACGAUUUACUGCUUAUAAUAACAAUUAUAAAAAAUAUAAAAUAAUGAAUUUGUUUAUUGACAAAUAA